GCGAUUAAGCAAAAAAAAAAAAAAAAACGUUCUAUUAUUUUACAACGAAGUUAAACAGAUCGGCGUGUCGCGCUGCAGAACCAGCAGAAGAACGAAAAGCCUGGGGACAUGAUGUAAUCCACCUGGAACAGUUUUGGUAUUUUGGAGCUCACAGAAGAAAAGAUGUGGCUGAAUUGUGUCACCAAUCCUGAUAGUCCUGAUGUUUGAUGUCACUGAUGUCUUGGACAUGUUUACCUUUCUGACCUAAUGGAAGAGGAGAGUGAGAAAAUAGAGACCUGUGAAGUUAAUCUUCAAGGGGAACAACAUGAGAUUCAAAGGGACAAUGCAGAACGACCAGACUCACCUGGAUCCAGCUGUGUGUCCUUGAAGAGUGAACAGUCAAUAGGAGAACCACUCAACUUUAAGGAUGGAUCAGUCCAUCCAGACAGUGGAACUGCAGAAAGGCCAAACUCACCUGGAUCCAGCUGUGUGUCCUUCAAGAGUGAACAGUCAAUAGGAGAACCUCUCAACUUCAAGGAUGGAUCAGUCCCUCAAGAGAGGGACAAUGCAAAACGACCAGACUCACCUGGAUCCAGCUGUGUGUCCUUGAAGAGUGAACAGUCAAUAGGAGAACCUCUCAACUUUAAGGAUGGAUCAGUCCAUCCAGACAGUGGAACUGCAGAAAGGCCAAACUCACCUGGAUCCAGCUGUGUGUCCUUCAAGAGUGAACAGUCAAUAGGAGAAACUCCCAACUUCAAGGAUAGAUCAGUCCCUCAAGAGAGGGACAAUGCAAAACGACCAGACUCACCUGGAUCCAGCUGUGUGUCCUUGAAGAGUGAACAGUCAAUAGGAGAACCUCUCAACUUUAAGGAUGGAUCAGUCCAUCCAGACAGUGGAACUGCAGAAAGGCCAAACUCACCUGGAUCCAGCUGUGUGUCCUUCAAGAGUGAACAGUCAAUAGGAGAACCUCUCAACUUUAAGGAUAGAUCAGUCCCUCAAGAGAGGUAAACUUUUUCUUGCUCAUCCUG